AUGGCUUUCGCACCCAGAACGGCGGCCCAGGUGGCCGGAGUGUCCUCCUCGUUGCUGGGGUGGGUGUUGGCCUGUCUCACCAACUACCUGCCCCAGUGGAAGAGCCUGAACCUGGAGCUGAACGAGAUGGAGAGCUGGACCCUGGGCCUGUGGCAAGCCUGCGUCGUCCAGGAAGAGGUGGGCAUGCAGUGCAAGGACUUCGACUCCUUCCUGGCCCUGCCCGUGGAGCUGCGGGUGUCCCGGGCGCUCAUGUUCCUGUCCCACGGGCUGGGGCUGCUGGGCCUGCUGGCCUCGGGCUGCGGGCUGGACUGCUCGCGGGUCGGAGAGGGGCGGCGAGGGCGCAAGCGGCGGCUGCUGGUGCUGGGGGGGGCGCUGUCGGGGGCGGCGGGGGCCGCGGCCCUGGUGCCCGUGUCCUGGGUGGCCCACGUGACGGUGCAGGAGUUCUGGGACGACACGGUCCCCGAGGUGGUGCCCCGCUGGGACUUCGGGGAGGCCCUCUUCCUGGGCUGGUUCGCCGGGUUCUCCCUGCUCCUCGGGGGCUGCCUGGUCACCGGGGCGGCCUGCUGGCCCCGGGCCCCCCGGGCUGCGGGCCAGGACCCGGCGGCAGAGACACAGCAUCUCCGUCCCCCGCUGGAGAUGAAAAACACCCGCCUGGCAGUCUGA